AUGAGCAAUUCAUCUAAACUUAAGCCUAAUAAUCAUUUGCUAGCGUAUGAGGCUGCAGAAGCUAAAUGUAAAGAAAAGUAUCCUAAAAUUGAAGUAAUAAUACUUACCACCCCAAAAUCUAGGAAUGCAUGGAUAUAUCGAAUACUUAAGUUGAUAUGAAAUUGUGCAAAUAAAUGUUAGAAAGAUUCUCAGAAUGUUUCAAUGUUCAUAAACCAGUUGCAUAUAUGUAAUUAGGAAAAUAAAGAGAUUGA